CCCUAAUCAUUCUACAAUUUUCUCGUCCUCCUUGUGCAAUCGGAAUUCCAUGGCGAGCGACUCACCCGAUCACGAGGACGUGGCAGCGGCUGUCGGCGAGGACGAGGACACCGGCGCCCAGAUCGCUCCCAUCGUUGCCCUUGCGGAGGUCGCUGUCACUACUGGCGAGGAGGAAGAGGACGUCCUACUCGACCUAAAGGCGAAACUUUAUCGGUUCGAUAAAGACGGAAACCAGUGGAAGGAGCGGGGUACGGGGAGCGUCAAAUUAUUGAAGCACCAGGGGACCGGAAAGGUUCGGCUAGUUAUGCGCCAGGCCAAGACCCUCAAGAUUUGCGCUAACCAUCUCGUUGUUCCGUCGAUCAAACUUCAAGAGCAUGCGGGAAGCGACAAGUCGUGUGUUUGGCACGCAUCAGAUUUUGCUGACGGGGAGUUGAAAGAGGAGCUGUUCUGCAUUCGUUUUGGUUCAGUAGAAAACUGCAAGAAAUUCAUGGAGACGGUUGAAGGCAUCACUGAGUCCACCGGAGACGUCGAAGAAAAAAGUAGCGAGGAAGUGUCUGAUGCCGUUGGACAGUUGAGCACAUUAAGCGUGGAUGACACCAAAGCUGAAAAGGGUUCUGAAAAAACAGCAGAAAAAACAGGAACAGAGACCAAAGCGGAGGCACCUUCUGAAGAUUGAUCUCUCUUGAUUAGUAGAAUAUCAGAGUUACUAUUUUGGUCUGUUUUGUAGUUUGUUCAACGAUGCGAUUUAUCAGUGUCAUUGUGUGUCAAGUCAUUGGUUUUUUGGUUUGCUUUUGACGUUAGUGAUGGAUUUUCCCUUGUAUUAGCGAGCAAUGUAUGACGUCUUUUUGAGUUUGGUUUGAGACAAUCAGAAUGGUUUCACUAAAAUUUUGAGAUAGAUUAAUGUAUUUUAAAUAAGCUUCAGGUACCUUAUUAUUUUCA